GCGGACUGUCUCCCAUAUUCCCCCUCCCGCUCCGUAGCAAGGGGCGGGCCCCGCAGGCGGGCGCGCGCGGAGCGGGGUCCAUGUCCCGUGGCCAGCGGGGCCCAGCAGGGAGCGGUGGUAGCUGGUGCCCGGAACCCCGAGAGUCUCUGUUUGGAAGGUGAAUUCAUCGCUCCCUGGUUUGUCAGGGGCCCUAGUGGUGCUGAGACCUGGCACUGCCACAGCCGGCCGGCACCUGCGCCUCUGCCUGGCUACUGCACAGUGGGAAAUGACCACACCUAACAAGACACCACCAGGUGCUGAUCCCAAGCAGUUGGAAAGGACUGGUACUGUUCGGGAAAUAGGCUCUCAAGCUGUUUGGUCCCUUUCAUCCUGUAAGCCAGGCUUCGGAGUGGACCAGUUACGAGAUGAUAAUCUAGAAACUUACUGGCAGUCUGAUGGGUCACAGCCUCAUUUGGUGAACAUCCAGUUUAGAAGAAAAACAACAGUGAAGACAUUGUGUAUUUAUGCAGACUACAAAUCUGAUGAAAGCUACACCCCAAGCAAGAUCUCUGUCAGAGUAGGAAAUAACUUCCACAACCUUCAGGAAAUCCGGCAACUUGAAUUAGUGGAACCGAGCGGGUGGAUUCAUGUUCCUUUAACUGAUUCUCAUAAGAAGCCUAUUCGCACAUUUAUGAUUCAGAUUGCUGUUUUAGCCAAUCAUCAGAAUGGAAGAGACACUCACAUGAGACAAAUUAAAGUGUACACUCCAGUGGAAGAAAGUUCUAUUGGUAAAUUUCCUAGAUGUACAACAAUUGAUUUCAUGAUGUAUCGUUCUAUAAGAUGAAUCUUCUUAUGAAGAAACAAUAAAAGUGACUUUGUUAUCAGUUUUGUUUCAAAUAUCUUUUCCUGUUAAAAAAGUGACAGGACUUAUUCUUGUGGAAUUAUCUCUCUAUAUACUUUAACUUUUUUGUGUGUAACUUUAACCUGUUUUAGCUGCGCUGUUUUUUGAUUUCUAAUCUGCUUUCGAUAGUCACAUUUUCUGUUAAUUGUAUUUACAAAGGCUGUAGGAAGUUUUUAGAUUUUCAAAACGUAUAAAAGAACUUUCUCUUUGCUUUGCUACGAAAUGGAUAACCGUGGUUCAGAUAACAUGUAUAUUCUUUUUUUCCAGGUGGUUUCUCCAUUUGUUGAUAAUGCAUUAGAAUACUUCAUGGCAUGACUGCAUAUUUUGGUUGGGUCAGUCCAAAAAAGCUGUGUUUUAAUUAGGUGUAUUUUAAUGAAUUAUUACUACUGUAUUUUUUUCUGGGUACGGGAUGUUCAUUCUUUUAAGAGGGUUCUUUAUGUUUUUGAAAUGACUCUACUGUGGUAUUGUGCAUGUCUUGUUUCUGGUGAGAAAUGUAUUUAACUGGGUUUUUAUUGUAAUAGGUCUCGAUGUGGGUUUCAUUUUUCUGUAUAACUGAAAAAGAAUUGAAAUCUAGAAGGAAAGUGAAUAUUUCUAACUGUAUUUUAUAUUGUCCUGUCAUUACAGAUAUAAUGUAACCAUUACAUCAUUCUAAUGUAACAAUAGACAUGCCAGGAAUGCACAGGCAACAUUCCUUAGCAUUGCUUACUGGCACCCUUUGAAGUCCCAUGGAUCACAUAAAAUAGUCAGAAUUCAGAUAAAAAUCUGUAUAAAUCUGAGCAAUGUUAUACUUAAGUUAUGGAGUUUCUUAGAAGAAAAAAGAUAAGCCAUUUUGAAAUAAAAACCACCACAAGGCAAACAAGAAACUUGUGCAUGGCCUAUUUAUAGCUAAUGGAAGCACGUAAUCUUAUUUUUUAAUGGGUUUUUGCAUUCUUAUUGUUCGGUGGUUACACUGUGAUUAAAAAAAGCGAGACCAGAAAACUAACAAUCUUCCUUUUAAAAUCUGAUAUAUAUGGGUGAAAUUUUGAAAAGCAGUCGCCAUUUAUCCAACUCUGUCCACCCCUCCAAAAAAACCAGAACACACUGGUAAAUUCCUAUUGAUUGCAAUGGGAGCAAAAUUAGGACAAAAGAUUUGAAAAUCACACUGCAAAUAAUUAAAAUUGGGAAGCAUGAUUAAAACAUGGGCAAGGCCAUGUGAGAAGAGGCUAAGAAAAUAUGGGUGAAGACUAGAGGAAGGGCAGAGGAGGAAAAGAAGGCACAGGAGUGACGGGAGCA